AUGCUGGCCCGCUCGACGUCCCGCCCGCUGAGCGCGCGCAAGGGCCUGCGCAACGACCUGGGCUCCAACAACUGCUUCCUCAACGUGAUCAUCCAGAGCCUGUGGCACGUGCGCAGCUGCCGCGUGCUCAUUUCCAUGGGCGACCACGCCGUGCACCACCGCUGCGGCGGGAAGCCCACGAACGCCGGCGCGCUCGCGGCCGCGCCGUGCCUGCUCUGCGAGCUGGAGCAGAUUUUCGUCAUGUACCAGUUCGCGGAGCAGCCGGUGCUGGACGUGGACCGCGUGCGCCUGGCGCUGGGCGACACGUUCGCGCUGGGCGCCAUGAACGACGCCACGGAGACGCUCGAGGCCAUUCUGGACGCGCUGCACUACGACACGUUCAACCGCAUGCUGCAGCUGCGGCGGCGCGGCUCAGGGACGGCUAUUGGCGGCAUCCACAAGGUGGAGGAGAUGUCCGAGUCGCUGCGGCAGGACGCGUCCGCCAUCAUCUGCGAGCCGCAGUGCGUGGCGCACCGCCUCUUCCAGAUGAACCUCAUGGAGCUCAAGGUCUGCGCGUCCUGCGGCCACACGGCCGAGCCGGUCAUGAACACGGACUUCCUGUAUCGAGUGUACGCCCAGGAGCUGCUCAACAGUGCGCGCGCGGGGGCGGAGAAGAGCACCUUGACGCUGGAGGAGGUGCUGAGGCUGGAGGCGCAGUCGCAGGACGUGGCCGGGACCUGCGACUCCUGUGAGCAGGGAGGACAGCGAGCUCUGAGUCGGUGGAUCUUGACGCUGCCCAUGGUCUUCUCCAUCAGCAUUAUCUGGUCCAGCAGCCACGUGGACAAGACGGACAUCAAGGACUGGAUGGAGCUCUUGUCCUCGCAGAGUCAGGCCGUAACCGAUGAGAAGGAGUCGCAGCAGGCGCUGGAUCUGGGACGGAUCUUCCGUCUGGACAAUUCGGCCGAGGUGUCGUCAGUGUACUCGUUCCGGGGGAUGGUGUGCUACUACGGACGGCACUAUGUGGGGUUCUUCGCCAGUCGGAGUCUGGACGAGGAUGGCGUGGAACGUGAAAGGUGGUUUCUGUUCGAUGACACGCGUGUGAAGCUUGUCGGGGCCUGGGCGGAUGUUCGACUGCGUAUCGAGCGAGGAGGUUACCAGCCCACGCUGCUGUUCUACGAGCGCAACGGAAUUAAACAUGAAAAUCUCGAGAAGAUUGCCACGGAAAUUCACAAGUGGUGGGAGGCAACAGCGGAGGACCCGGACGACGGCAAGAAAGACGAGGUGAUCGAGAAGAAACCCGCGGAAAACGGGGUUAAGAAGGGCUUUGGAGCACCGCACGAAGUGGAACUUGGUGGCGGACUGGAGGACGAACUGCUAGCGAAGAUGGAGCGAAGCGUUCGCAUCACGCAGGAAAACCCGUUGCCUCCGUUGAUCCCGACUGCCCCCAAGAAGAUACCGACAAGUCCGAUCUCGUUGCCCCCGCGACCGCCUCAGUCCAUGCCAGCUCGAAACGGAUCGCACGAGAGAAAAGGUUGGCGCGACGAGGAGGAUAUCCAUCUGCACAUGGCGCAUCAAACGGCGCAAGACACGCUAUCGCGACUCAAUGGCAUUUUGUCCAAGGACAAGGCUCCUGUCAGUGCCCCUGUGGAUGGUCGAGCUGUACUACGACUGGCGAUGUCUCAGUCAAUGCGCCGCUCCGUUCGGCUACGUGACUACUCUGUUCACCGUCCUGCUGAAAAGCAACUCGAUGUAAAUCCCGACAAGAUUUUUGAAGACGAAUCGCCAACGAUUGAGGAAGAGCAGAGUUCUGCCACAACUGGAACCUUGCCAAAAUCUGAUGAAGAGCCAGCAGCAGAAGCUUCUCAAGCUCCGCUGAAGGUGUAUGAUGUGCGCCUCAAUGCAUCGGAUGGAGGCAUCGGCUUACAACUGGAGGAAAAGGCAAGUAAUAACUCGUCGGCGUCGACAGAAGAAACAAGGAAAAUAUUCACGGUUUCUGGAUUCGAGGUGAACGGUGCGGGGGCCAAACUGCCAGCUGAAGCUAGUGGUGCGAUCCGUGUGGGCGACGUUCUCGUGGGGAUCAACGGCCACAUCCUUGAGAACGAGGAGCUGGUGCAUGUGCUGGAAAUGCUGCUGAUGUCGCCUAAUCCGGUACAGCUAAAGUUCCAUCGUUUCCAGUCGUGGGCGUGUCCUCGCUGCACGCUAAUUAACAAAUCGGAAGACUCCUCGUGUGCAGUUUGUGGCCACGCACCUGCACUGUAG